AUGUCCGAUAGAUCUCCAUCUCCACCGGUCAACCACCGUGAAAUGACUCUAGCAGAGAAGCGUAGGGUUCACUUGCACUUCGUCCGCUUGCGAGUCAAUGCUGAUGUUGAUGAGGUCCGGCAAUUCUUAAACUCUGUUUUUAAUGGAGAAGAAGAAUCUGUUCUCAUCGAUCCGUUACUUUCCAAACCCUACUUCUUCUUUUCUCUCAUUAUCGACCUCGAUGUCAUAAUUUUUCCAGCCGGUACCACUUUUGAUUUCGAUGGUGUCUCGAUGCUUCUCGACAUUCGUGCUCGUAACGUCGAACUCACUAGACCAUUUAUGAUUAAUGCCAUUAACGACGUUUGGGUUGAAGAAAUUCAUCUGGAAGAAUUCAUGGAAGAUCUUGCUGAGAUUGUCGUCCACUCUCUAGAAAAUCAAGACGAGUAA